UUUGUCGCGCGCCGCCCGCGCGCGGUCACCUGUGUCGCACGUCGUCAGUCGCAAAGCGGCCGCGUCGCGCGCCACCCGCUUCGUACUACGCGCGUAUAUUAUGACAGUGACGUGAUGGAAGGCAAAGAGUUCGGUGCGGUUCCCGGCUUACCGGCCGGCUUGGACUAUUUUAUGAUGCCGCGUAUGAGCCAGCCUGCGCCGCACUUUGACUUCAGAAAAUUAGGCGCCAGCUUCAGCGGUCGCGACGACGACAGAAGUGAGGAGCGACGGUCGCCCGAUUAUCCGGCCGAACGACGUGACCCGCCGCCUGCACCGUGGCCUCUCGGACUCGGUGUGCAAUUCGUCAACCCCGCUACGGGAAAGAAGAGAGUGCAAUGUAAUGUUUGUCUUAAAACUUUCUGCGAUAAAGGAGCACUAAAAAUACAUUUUUCGGCGGUACAUCUACGCGAGAUGCACAAGUGUACGGUAGAGGGGUGCACAAUGAUGUUCAGUUCGCGACGUUCAAGAAACAGACACAGUGCUAAUCCAAACCCGAAGCUGCAUUCGCCGCACGUGAGGCGUAAGAUAUCAGCGCAUGAUGGCAGAUCUGCACAGCCGUUUCCGCUUCUGCCAGCGUUGGCGCGACUACCUCUGCCACCACCUACCUUGUUACCUCCUGAACUAGCAGCACGUCUACCACCACCGUUAUCAGCAGCCAAUGGACCCACCCCGCUUCCUCCACGAGUGCCUCUCGACGAUCUUCGCAACUUCAGUGAAAUUGAAAAAAUGUACAGAAAAAUUCCUCCACCCGAGGAGCCGUCACGAGGUGCGUUAGAUCUCGUUAAGCCUCAUCUUGCCAUUGAGGAGGAAUCUAACAACUAUAGUGAAAUUAAUGACGACAUUUCCGAUGAUGAAGAAAAAGACAAAAGCGAGGUUAGGUCGCAGUCACCUGUUAUGGAAAGAUUAAAUUAUAAUGAUGAACCUGAAGAUUUAAGUGUAAAUAAAAAUAAAGUUGUCGAUACUAAACCUGCAGAUACCCAACCUGAAGCCGAAAGUCGCAUUGAUCCCACCGUUACUGAGGAAAAGUUGUCAUCGCUUGUGCCCAAUAAACGUAAGAGAAAGAGCGGGAACCCCACCAGGUGUUCCCAAACUAAUGAGUACAGUGUGUCUGAUGAGGAAUAUCAAGGGGAUUUAUUUAGAAACCUUUCAACACCUGGUUCUAGUCGCGCAGAUGACGAGCCUUUAUCACUUAAAAAACAAAAACCAGAGAAAUGGGAGACAUUUCAGAAUAGCGAAGAAGCUACUGUGGACUCGGAAUCAUUGACGCGAGUGAAGGCUGAAAGCGAAUCAGAUGAUGAAUCGAGUGCACCUAGCGUUGUUCGUGAAGGAUUAAGGUUGCGUUCAGACUUGUACACUCCGAGUGACAGUGGGAGUGACUUGCAUGCGAUGGAAGAGCGCUUAGCUAGAGUUCGUUCACCCUCCGCGAGCAGUGAUAGGACCGAUGAUAGAACCGAUAUUAAUGAUCUCGAAAUUCCUAUAGACGAUGAGAAUCCAGACCGGUGUACUGCUUGUGGGAAGGUAUUUCAAAACCACUUCACAUUACGAAUGCAUUAUAGAAACGACCACCUAAAGUUACUUCAUCCAUGCGACGUAAAUGGUUGUGACGCUGCCUUCCCUUCUCGACGUAGUCGAGACAGGCAUAGUUCGAAUGUUGAUUUGCAUAGAAGAUUAUUGUCAACCGGUACACUUGAUGGAAGGGAACAAAGAGCCCCGUUAGAGGUGAAUACAGAACUUCUAAAUAAAUUGUAUGCAGAUAUAAAAGGGCUAGCAUCUACGCUUGAAAGUUUAAGAUACGGAGGCAGUGAAGAUGCAUCUCAAUUGCCCAAUUAUGUAACAGAAACGAUGAAAUUCUACAGCAGAAACUUAAGUGCACUACAAGCUGGUUUGUUCCCACAAUUUGGCGAGCGGGGGUUUUUUCCAGCUCCUUUUCUGAUGGGUAAUGGCGCUCCACAGGCAGGCGGGGGACCUUAUGGUGCUCCGGCGGGGGCUCAGUCAGCUCGGGAGUCCCUGUCGCCUCUCUCAGCAUCAUCGCCCCCCGUGAUUUCACCUGGCAGAUUGGACGCUGCUCACGCUCGCCCCCGUGAAGACGCUAAGCUGCUUUUUCGGGAGACUUCUGAAUCAUUUAAGAAAAUGACCUCCCUAUGCGAGCGCCAAGAACAGCUGUACCAGCACCACGUUCCGGUGUCAUGACGCAGCCGCGACGAGCCCCGCCCGUCUUGGUGAUACCUCACUUCCUAGCCAACGGCGCACGACAGACUGUAUAUUUAAUUGUUAAUAAUUUUAAUUGUGUUAAUUCUAUAUCGUAUUUCGUUUUGUAUUUUCUUGUGAUAUUUAGACAAAUAUAUCUUAAUUAUUGAUCCCACGAACUUUAAGUUAAUAGGGAUAGAUGAUACCGCUGUGGUGUUGAGAUGUUUGUGACGCGAAGUGCAAUACGGACUUGGAUAUUAUAAAUAUUAAUGGACUAUCUACGAUAUGAUAUCGUGUAGAGUAUUCGUAAUCGAUGUUGAAAGUAAACGUUAAUAAUGAUCAGCUUCAUUUAUUGUUCUGGCGCAAUAAACUCAUUGAGGAAAAAUG